AUUAGCUAGCAUUGUCGCAAAGCCCAUGUAUCGUCAUGUAGCGUCUCAUCUCUCAUACGUCGCACACUGAGGUUCCGCGCUCCCACGGCAGACCAGACUACAAGAUGAUUCAAGGAAUAUUUUAUGCAAGAUUCCUUCCACAUGAAGGCACCAAGAUCGUGGCACAGUCACCACCAGGCUGUAUCGUGGCCACCGAGUUCACACCCCAUCUAAAGCCACCAUUAGUCGACUUUGACAUCGUGCAGGAGUACAUCAUCCCGCGCAAGGCCUUCUUCAACCGUCUGGUGACGGUGAACACGCCCGACGGCAAGCUCAGCAUCCUAGGCUUCCCCGUAUCUAUCCCGCACGAGAGAUACCACAGGAAUGAGUUCCUAUUCAACUUCGGGCUGGUCAUCGAGUCAGAUGUCGACCAGAUUCCCUAUGAGCGCCUCGUGCGCCGUCUUGCUGUCACUUUUGCCGAGAUGGAGCGGCAGAAUGGGUACUUGAGCUCGGAAGGCGAGGUCGACGAUGGACGGCGGCCUAUUGAGAGUUUACUGGAGAUUGUCAAAGAGGAUCUGAAUAAUUACGGAGAGUGCAUGAUUCCCGUUGACGAAGGCAACACCAUAAACAUGAAGCUAUUCCCUUACCAUGCACCGCCACCCCCGGUCCACGGGUGGCACGUCCCGGUCCCCAAGACCAAGUUCGCCGACAUCAUGGACUCGACGUGGGACCUCACAUUGCAGAAAAUCAUCCCACACGUCGACGGCGUCAAUGACGUCCGUCGCAUCGCGUGGCUCGCAGACGUCUCGCUGCCACUCACUCAAUGUGCAUUGCAGCACCUGCUGUACUACGACACCAUCUUACUCCUCGACAUGUUCUUCUUCGGCUCGUGCUAUGCUCUGCGCCCAGGUAUCCACGACUUUGUCUCAAACCGGUCGAACCUGAUCGAUGAAUGCGCAGCAUACGUAUGCAUAUCACCCCCGACACCCAGCAACGUAGAAACAAACAUGACAGGCAGCACCGCAAGCCUCUCAAUCCCAGGCCUAAACCCAUCAACCCGCUUCCACGAAUCCACCACGCCACGACUAAACGUAGACAGCACAUCGAGUCGGCCAACCACAUCCUCCACCGUCUCUCUCUCCCCUAGUAAACGGAUCUCGCACUACCAGCUGAUCAAGCUAAUGACGACAUUCUGCGUCGGCCGCAGCGUAAUGGAAUGGGUGCGCUUACACCAGGAAUCCAGCUUCGACGUGCUCCGCCACAUCGACGUGCGCAGACUCGUGCAAUUCGGGGUUAUCAAGGGGCUGCUGUACCGCGUGCACAAGUACGCCGUGUCGAAAUCGUAUCUCUCGCUCCUCGCCACGGGGCGGCGGUCGCGAAUCUCUAAUCCUCUCAUUUCUACUACUACCACUGGAGAAAGAUCGGUGGUAAAGUCGGAUAAAUAUAAGGGUAGUAAGGAGAAAGGAGGAGCCACGAAAGGGAAAGGGAAAGGAAAAGGAAAAGGGAUAGAGACAGCGACGAGCCCUGCUAACGACGAUGACGGACUGGUCAUGAAGAUGAUGGGACGACGACGGCAAAGGCUGAAUAGACUCGGUAUUCACGAUAAUAAUAACGGCGAUGAGGAUGAUGAUGAUGACGAAGCGGAAGAAGGAAAUGGAAAUGGGUAUAACUAUACCAACGACAAUGAAGAAGAGGAUGCAGAAGCGGAUGACUCGGGCGAAGAUGAAGGGGAAGGAGGUAAUGGUGAAGGAGGAUAUAUCUCCUCGCCCGCGAAAACACGCCGGAAGAUGCGGCGCUACGUCGACGGCCGGCACCCCUUCGACCAGAUCAUCACGGAGCAGAAUCUCACCGACGCCGAGAUCAUGCGGAAGCUGAAGUCCUUCGAGCCCGGCGAUCUGGCGGUUUUAUAUCGCUAGGACAGAAUACUUACUUCCCUUACUUACCGAGGUACUUAUCUACUGAAGUAAUAUGGAUUAAGGAUUGAAGCUUGACUGGAGCUUAAUACGUGUAUUUAGGUUACGUGUGUUGAUCAGGUAUAUCGCGGUGGUAUGAAAGGAUAUUUAAUAUGAUUUUCGAAAGUACUAUUUAUUUUCCGUCUUCUUUGGUUGGCUUUAUCGUAUCAUGCUGCUGAGAUGUUGAACACGAUGAAAAUAUAAGUUU